CAAAACCCCGGCCCAGCACUGUCAGGUGAUUGUCUCCUGUUGGAGUGAAGAAGGCAACCCGAGCUGAAAAUGUGUGACGACGAGGAAAGCACUGCCCUUGUGUGCGACAAUGGAUCAGGUCUGUGUAAGGCAGGCUUCGCCGGGGACGACGCCCCCAGAGCUGUCUUCCCCUCCAUUGUGGGUCGUCCCAGACACCAGGGUGUGAUGGUGGGUAUGGGGCAAAAAGACAGUUAUGUAGGUGAUGAAGCUCAGAGUAAAAGAGGUAUCCUGACCCUCAAAUACCCCAUUGAGCAUGGCAUCAUCACAAACUGGGACGACAUGGAAAAAAUCUGGCAUCAUUCUUUCUAUAACGAGCUCCGCGUGGCCCCCGAGGAGCACCCCACCCUGCUGACAGAAGCCCCUCUCAAUCCCAAAGCCAACAGGGAGAAGAUGACCCAGAUCAUGUUUGAGACCUUUAACGUUCCAGCCAUGUACGUAGCUAUCCAAGCGGUGCUGUCCCUCUAUGCUUCUGGCCGCACAACAGGCAUUGUCCUUGACUCUGGUGAUGGUGUCACCCAUAACGUGCCUAUUUAUGAGGGCUACGCUCUCCCCCAUGCCAUCAUGCGUUUGGAUUUGGCUGGCCGAGAUCUCACUGACUACCUCAUGAAGAUCCUGACUGAACGUGGCUACUCAUUUGUGACCACUGCUGAAAGAGAAAUUGUCCGUGACAUCAAGGAGAAACUUUGCUAUGUUGCCCUGGACUUUGAGAACGAGAUGGCCACUGCCGCAUCCUCUUCCUCUCUGGAGAAGAGCUACGAGCUUCCUGAUGGACAAGUCAUCACUAUUGGAAACGAGAGGUUCCGUUGCCCCGAGACCCUCUUCCAGCCUUCCUUCAUUGGUAUGGAAUCCGCUGGUAUUCAUGAAACCACUUACAACAGCAUCAUGAAAUGCGACAUUGACAUCCGUAAGGACCUUUAUGCCAACAAUGUCCUCUCUGGUGGCACCACAAUGUACCCUGGCAUUGCUGACAGAAUGCAGAAGGAGAUUACUGCUUUGGCCCCCAGCACAAUGAAGAUUAAGAUCAUUGCUCCUCCAGAGCGGAAAUACUCCGUGUGGAUUGGCGGCUCCAUUUUGGCCUCCCUCUCCACCUUCCAGCAGAUGUGGAUCAGCAAGGGGGAGUAUGACGAGGCUGGUCCAUCCAUUGUGCAUCGCAAGUGCUUCUAAGAACAACAAAUCCACCACCUUCCCCAACUCUGCUCUUGCUUUACAGCCUGUAAACUGUGAACGUACCUUCUGUUUUCCUCU